GCAAGAAAGAUGUAGAGUCAGCCAACAGAUAUUCCUAGUAUAGAGCUAGAGUUUCUUCAUUCGUUAUUCGCCGUGCUUCAUUUCAAUGCAUCGCCGUUUUGUGAUGAAAUCGUUUUCAAAAUUGUUUUAAGUGAUCGAAUAUUAGUUAUACGGUGUCAAUUUGUGUAGUGUUACCGAUCAAAACAAAGUUUAUGGAAGCCAUAUAAGUUUGUUGCUCGAUUAUGAAGCGAACUCUUUUUAUUGUGUGACCUUUUUACAUCCUUGGAUAGUGUGGCAAUGGUUUUACUAAUGAAUAAGAAACAGUUGUAAAAAGUGCUACCUAUUUUAUUAUCUCUACUGAGGGGUCUAUUAGGUUUUACAAUGGGGCCGAUAGGGGCACCCCCAUAAAAAUAUUAGUACCGUUCGUUUAGACCAUCAUAAAAACAUCACAGAUACGCUUCAUGACAAUCGAAUCGAAACGUUCGGUCGAGGAUGGUGCGGCGCCUCCGCGGCACGGAGAGGUCGCGGAGCGAUGAUCGGAGGCCCGACAGCGAUGCUCGGAGCGGCGCCCGCUCCGGAGGGUCGCGUCCAGCGUUCAGCUAGUGAGCAGCCGGCUCGCGCGGAGUGUGAUGUGCGUGCGGGAUGGCCAGCAAGCCCGCGACUCCGGCGGCCGCGCGAGGCGUGCCCGGCGCGCCGCGCGUGCUGGUGUACGUGGCGGACUCGCGCCAGCUAGAGCCCGGCGCCGCGGCGCCCGCCGAGCCGCCGCCGCUGUACCCGCACGACCUGCCCGUCGCGCUGCCCCGCAACGCGCUCUACAGAACGCCGAGCGACGCGGCGGACCGAAACUCGCCCAACACCAUCUUCUACAAGCCCUUGAACAAUGAUGGCAAGCUUAACACUUAUGGAUCAGGUGAUAGUUUGGUCCAGAGAACUGAUUUCUUUCCUGUCGCUCAACAAUUUCUGAAAGAAAGUUUAAAACUUGACGAGAACAAGUCAGAGAGACAAAGUAAUAUUGUUGUGCGAAGAGACUGUAGUAAUAGUUCAAUUAAUUCAGAAGUCUGUGGUGUAGAAAGUUACAAUUCAAGAGUACCAUUAGAAUCAGGGGAGUUAGCGACAUAUCAAACCAGAUGCCCCGUUCCUGGAGUGUCUGAUAAUGCUGUGCCGUUGCAACCAAUUGUAGUUCAGCAUGGUUUCAAUCAGUUCACGGAGAGUGGCUCGGUGAAUGUGAAUAGUGAAGGAAGAAAUAGUGACAGAGAAUUAGUGGACAAGAGUUUUGUGAACUAUCAGUUUUUAGAACAAAGUGUAUCUCACCAGUCAAUAGUGAAUCAAAGUAUAAAUAUAUUGAAUCAGCAAGUGGGUGUGAGCCGAGUGAGUGAGGGGGAAGGCCCGCAGUUGGUGCGGACACCGGACGGGCUGGUGUUGGCGGUGCUGCCAUCGACAGCUCCGCAGCCGGACUCCUCAGAACUUAGCAGUAGGACUGCACAAAGUGAAUCUUCUCAAACAAUUAUAGUGCCUUUAGGUUGGAGAAGAAUAGUGAGUGGCACAUCAGUCCUGUAUAUAAGCCCUAGCGGUACGGCUUUGAGCACGCUGCCGCAACUGAGGGAGUACCUGCAGACGGCCGGCACUUGCAAGUGCGGGCUGCCUUGCCCUUUACGACCGGAGACCACCUUUAGUUUCGACUCCAAGGUGGUAAGCAAGCCGUAUCAAGCGGCGUCGGGCGCGGAGCUGACCAAGUUGUGCAACCACAAGCGGAAACUGCUGGCCACGCUGCAGGCCCGAGCGCAUUCGCCCUCCACCUCGCCGCCCAUCGCGGACCAGAAGAAAGCAGUGGGUACGGAGUUGAACGCCCUGAAAAAGAAGAUGAAGAAGCGAGCGUUCCCGAACAUGAGCGUGUCGCAGCUCAUGGUGCAGCGCGAGCGGCCCCUCGCGGACUACAAAGCCCACGAGACCGAGCACAGCCGCACCGUGUCGCCCGGGCUCGCGGGUGCGCGCGGCGCCGCGCCCCCGCCGCCCUACCCCGCCCCCGCCACCGCCCCCGCCCCCGCCCCCGCCCCGCACGACGACAAGCACGACCACGUGCAGCGCCCCUCGCACUACCUCACCGUCAGCAGCGGCUGGAUCACGCAGCAGCAGGAAACCCUCGACCCCGCGAAACAAAACCAACCCCCCGGCAUUCAAAAUCCUCUCAACGUCGGCAUGCCCGUAUUAGGCACUAACGGCCAGAUCAUAGGCGUCAACACCGGCUACAACAAACAUCCCAACUAUAAAAACGUUGCGGGCGUGAUGCAGCCGAGCCGGGAACGGAAAGAGGAAAAGAAGGAGCAGAGUUUACCGCCGCAGAGACCGCCGGCGAAGGAGGACGAGUCGCAAAUAUUCUGCGGGCUCAACCAGCCGCUGACGCCCGAGGUCAUGCAGAAGAUCAACGAGCAGCAGCAGCUGUUCAUACAGCAGAACCAAAAGCAGAUAGAGAUGGCCAUGAAGGGUUAUAGAACGCAACUGGCGGAGUCCGCGAACCAAAACAAGCUUCACGCGCAGAACCAGUACGUGGCGCAGGGCCAGCUGGUGAUACAGAACGGCGCCGUAGUCAAGACCAACCCGGCCAAGACGCCGCCCUGGCAAGUCAAGAGGACCGACGCCGCGCCCAACCCCAUGUCGAGUCCCAGCCCCAAACCUCCAAGGUUAGACAACAUGGACUACGAGGACCCACCCAUGAACAUGUCAGAUGACGCCUCGGCUGUUAAGAGUAACUUCGUCAACAAUGAUGCCAUGAACCCGGCCAUGUGCCCUCGCGUUCCUCCGCUGCCUCAGCAUUACAACAUGAUGAGCCAGCAGUGGCCGCACGCCGAAAUGAGCAAGAAAAAGUUGAAAAACAACAAGGGCUCCAAAAAGAAGAACAACGCCACCGAAAAUAAAAUAAUAUCGUUCAACAAUGGCAUGCGGCUCGUCCAGGAAUCUAAAGGAAAAUCGUGCGAGGACACGUCCGGCCACAGCGUGCCGUCCUUCAUGGACGACCCCAACGGCUACCUGGCGCAACAGACGGUGCUGCUCAACAACACGAUUUCCAGACAAGUCGGCAUCAACUCCUCCUUCGACGGCGGCCAGUACGAGAACGCCAACAUCUGCUACCCUAACAACCAGCCGGAUAAAUCGUUUAAGACAUUAAAUAAAUCGUGCGACAUGAACGUCUACAGAAGCAACAUGGUCCCGAACGCGUCCCCCUCCCCCAACAACACCCCCGACAGCAGCGUGCUAUCCGAUAAAACCCCGGACGGCGCACAGUGCUGCAAGGGAUGCAACGUGUACAAGGGGAACGGCGCAGACUUCUCCGAGAACCAGAUGCGAGUAAAAUACAUGAAGCACAACAUGUACAAGAUGGAGAUAGACGGCAACCGCGGCGACGCGCGCCUCGCGCCCAGCCCCAGCCACUUCGACGACAACCCCGUCUCCUCCUCCACCUUCCUCGAGCGCAGCCCCGCGCACGACACCCAGCCCAUCCAGGCCGGCACCGUCAGCACCAGCAACGGCUCGCCCUCCGAGAAACUCCCCCUGCCCGAACCUUCCCCCACCUCCUCCAACAGCUCCCGCAACACGGACACUCCCCACAGUAACGGCAGCGGCGGCUCCCAGUUCACCCCCAACUGCACAUUCCCCGUACAGAGCCCGGCCUACUCCUACAGAGACGGCAGCAACCCCCCCACGCCCGGCGGCCAGGCCUACCACUACCACUCCCCGGGCCCGCCCGCCUCCCAAUCUAUCACAGGAACUCAGAUGAUGCAUUUCAUAUCGAACCACAACGUUAAUAAAAAUCUCAUGGAAGUGGACAACAUAUCAAUGGUCGGCGUCAAGCCCGGGUUGAAACUCCCGCAGGAGAUAUUUAGGGUAGAGUCGAGGAAGAGGAUGGAGAAUUCCAUGCCGGGCUACUGUCCGCCCCCGCACUUAGGUGGCGGACCUGCACAUUCGCUCGUACAAUCGUGUUACGUGCAAAGUUUUGUCACGACUAUGGCGAGCGGCUUCUCGGUCACGAGAGACACGAUAACUUCCGUUUUAGCCGGCAAAGCCAACACCGCCACGACCUCCAUCAACGCGUCUCAGAUAAACUUUAUUAGACCGCCGCCGCCGCCCAGCGUUAACUUGGCCACCACAUACGCGAUACCGAACAACCAGCCGGAUCCGUUCAUAAAUUCAGUAAACCUACCGACCAGCUACCCCCUGCACAUAGCGGGCACGACGGCGCAAAACAUGAUAUCGAAGUCGCCUCUGGAGAUGGUGCAGAACGUUAUCGGCAACGGGCCCGCGAAACCUGAAACUGGCGGCUCGACGACGCCUAUACAAAUGAAUAGGAGACCGUGCCCGCCCACGACGCCCGGCCAGAUCUUGAUAUCGUCGACCGGACAGAUCAUCGUCUCGAAUAAUCAAAUGCCGCCGCCGCCGCCGAAGCCGACGACGGUGGCCUCGCCCAUACAGGGCUCGAGUACUAAUGUCGCCGCCUCCGUCGCGCAACUCGUGCCGGCGGCCGGCCCGCCAGUCGUCAACCAGGUCGUCGUCAACACUCUGCCGACGCCGUUCGUGAUACAACCCCCCAUGAUGGCGGUGGACGGGCAGGUGGUGCAGCCCAACACGAUGCUGCCUCAGAUCGUCGCCGGCGGGCUGGUCCCCGGCCAGUCUCCCGACGAGAGCCCGCGCCAAAUAGACGUCAGCAAAGGUGGCCCCGGCUUCAUGCCGGGCGUCGCCAUGUUGUCGCCCGAGAGCUUGAAGAAGAGAAAUAAGAAAAAGAAGACUAGCGCGAGCAUAACUAACGUCCUACAAAUAACGGCGCCCCAACAAAACUCGAACAUUAUGGUGCAUCACACCUCGCCGCAGCAGAGCUCCAGCCCGCAGUUCUCACCGAGAGGAUUUCAGCUGUCGCCCAACAACAAUAUUUCGCCGGCACCCAUGCUGCAAGCGUUAACGAUCGUGCCCGGCAAGUCGGGCACCCCCGCUCACAUAGUCAUGAACGGCCAAGGCAACUCGAGCAAUUUCGGAUCUCAACAAAUCAUAGCCAACACGUCCCCGUCGCAACAGAUCAACUUACUUCAGCCGGUGAACUUAAUAAACAACGCGAGCAACGUGAUGCCCAACUUCCCCGCGUUCCAGCAGUUCAUAGUGCCAAAUAUCGGCGGGAUGGUGAUGACCGCGGACGGGACGAUCAUACAGGACAACUCCAACGGAAUGCCGAUGCAGCUCCAGCUGCAAACCGUUAACGGACAAAACGUUUUGACCCCGGUGCAGAACCCUGGCGUUUUUGCCGCCGGCGCGAACGGGGGGGUCGUCAUCAGGGCGCAGAAUCAACAGGGAAAGAUCAUACAGUCGCAGCACAGCCCCGGCGCGCAGUUCCUCUCCCCCAACGGCCAGGUCGUGAUGAACGGCCCCAACUUCAACGGGCAGCUCAGCCCGCUCCUCGCCAACCUGAGCCCGACGAGCGUCGCCUUCAACUCGCAGCAGGUCCGGCCCGGGAACGUCCAGCAGGAGUUCAUCCAGACGAACCAGAUGGGGCAGACGCUGAUGGUGCCGCUGUCGCCGAAGCGGUCGCUCGCGCCGACCAACAGGGCCAACACGUUCGUCCAGCAGAACACCACCAUAGUCCAGCAGCAGACGACGCUCGUGUCCAACUCCCAGACGCACUCGUCGCUCGCGCUCGGCGGCGGCUCGCGGUUGAGCAUCGACCCGAACGUGCUGCUCGCCUCGAAGCAAGUCCAGAAGCGCAACUCGGAGCCGCCGCCGUCGCCCGAGAAGGAGAAGUUCCCGGGCUCGGGCCGGCUCGGUCCCUCGGCGCCGGAGCGCGCGCACUCGGUGUCGACGCAGACGCUGCUGGCGCGCAAGUCGCCGGGCGGCGGCGGCGGCGGCGCGGGCUCGCCGCCAGACACCACCACGCACUCGCCCGCAGACCCCGCGCGCGAGCCGCGCUACCCGUCCCGCCCCGACACCACCACCGCCGAACCCGACGACCCCGCCGCCUCGGCGAUGGUGCAGUGCGUGUCGAGCAGCGAGCAGGACAUGGCCGAGUCCCACGUGUGGCCGGCUCCCGGGCCCGACUUCAGCCCCGACACCGAUGCGCAAAAUGUAAUGUCAAACUUGCCGCUCAUGCGACAGAACCGCAACCAUAACCCCGUGGAGUCCACCGAAAUGCAUUACAACCAGAACGUCUCCCCGCCCGCCAACCAGCAGAAUCUCAUGCCCCUAACCACCAACUAUUACGAGCGCACGCACACCUACAAGAGGAAAAACGACUUCGGGGACGGUUCCUCUUACAGAACCGACAAAAUGAUGCGAACCACAUACGGAAUGGUCCACGGUCUACCCAAGGAGGACUAUGACAUUGGACUAGCCUCCCCCGACAAGCAAGUCAGGCACUUCCCACCCUCCGGAACCAGUUCCGAUUCUUCCGCCAUCCAGAAAGUAUUUGACAGACACAGUCUAGGUUCUGGGAAUGAUAACAAGAGCGGGGAGGAAUCGGACGGCUCGGAGGCAGGGCGGUCGUUCGCGGUCGGAGAGUUGGUGUGGGGCCCGGUGAAGGGGUACGCGUCGUGGCCCGGCAAGCUGCGGCGCCGCGCGGCCGACGGCCGCUGGCUGGUGCGCUGGUUCGGCGCCGAGCGGCCCGCCGCGCUGCUGCCCGUGCGCGCGCUGCUCACGCUCAGCGAGGGGCUCGAGGCGCACCACGCCGCGCGCACCAAGCAUCGGAAGAGUAGAAAACUAAACACGCUGCUCGAGAACGCGAUCCAAGAGGCGAUGGCCGAGCUGGACAAGAAGAGCGAGUCCGCCCCGGCGUCGGGGCCCCCGUCGCCGGCCGGGCCGCGGCGCCGGCCCGAGCGGCCGCGCAGCCGCGACAAGCACAGGAAGGGGAAAGCGGCCGGCGCCAAGCCCGACACCCGACUGCGGAGCUCGCGAUGA